UUGAAGUUUAACUGCAUUUACAUAAACGACCUGCCUGAAAAUACUGUUUCACAGGUCCGGUUAUUUGCUGAUGAUACUGCUGUUUAUAUCACAGUCAACAAUGUUACACAACAACACACUCUGCAAGAGGACUUAACCAGGUUACAAAAAUGGGAACACACAUGGGACAUGGAAUUCAAUCCAUCCAAAUGUACAGUGAUUAAUAUUUCCAAGUCUAAACACCCUUACAAAUCCACUUACACACUACAUGGGCAGACACUAGAAACCGUGAGUGAUGCAAAAUACCUUGGUGUUAGCAUCACUUCAGAUCUGAACUGGAACAAACACAUAAACCAGGAUAGUUUAUUGUCCAAGAGAAGACUUUUACACACAACAGUGUUUGCUCAAUGCUUCUCUCCAUGUGGAAAGUAUCUUGUAGCUGCCAGCAACUUUGGACACAUUGCCGUUUACAGCUUGGUAGCGGCACUUGCACCAAAUGCUGAUGAAGAUACAAGAAGACCAAUUUACAGCUUUAAAGCGUGUAAUGAGGGAGCCAUAUACAGUCUUGUGUCUACCGAAUCUCUACUCAUCAGUGCAGGAAAUGGAGAUAUUUGUGCAUGGAAGUGGUCAGAAAUACUUGAUAAGACUGCCAAGAUUGUUUGGACGUUAAAAGUACCUCAGAUGCAGGUAUUUACGAACCCAGAGAUCAAUUCUAUAGCACUGGAUAAACAGGAGUCUAGUACAGAGCUGUAUGCUGGCUGUGGGGACAACAAUGUAUAUGUAUGGGACAUUGAGACAGGGGAGCAAACUCGUACAUUCAGUGGGCACAGAGAUUAUGUACACUGUGUCUGUAUAAAGAACUCAAGUAGAGAAUGUGUGUCUGCAGCAGAAGAUGGAACUGUCAGGAUCUGGGAUUGCAGAGUAGGAGGCGAGGCUGUACAUAUACUGGAACCAAAUAAACAUGAGCUGACAGCGAGAUCAGACCUUGGCAAGUGGGUGGGGUGUGUUGCUUGUGAUAAUAAUGAAGAUUGGCUGGUAUGUGGAGGAGCACCACAUUUAUCCUCCUGGCAUCUCAGAUCUCUGGCCCCGGUUUCUGUGUUUAAUACUCCAGGAGCUACACAUAAUUUUGUCAACUUCUAUGACGAUACUGUAAUCUCUGGAGGAAGUGAGGCCUGUGUAAAUCACUGGUUUGUUAAUGGAGAUGUGAAAUCGAAAGUUCCAUGCUCAGCCAGUACUGUGUUUGAUGUCAGUAUCAAUAGUAACUCGUCAACAAAUAAGGUGUUAUGUGUAUCAGGAAGCAGUCCAAAGAUAGAUGUGUGUACAAACUUUGGCUACAAGGCUUUUUCUCUUUUAUUUGAGGUGUGACCAAUUUUGGAUCUCUGAUAAGACAUCAGUAACUAUUAUUAGUCCUAUAUUGGACUCAGUCAACGAAUAUAGUUCACCUUGGAAAAAUCACUUUUAAGCUUUUUCCUACUUAACACUGAUGGGUAAUGGUCAAGCUAGAAACCUAUACAACUAGGACGUUAAUUAUCAAAGGAUAGCGGCAGCAAUAUGUUCCAUUAUGCGAGUUAACUGACUUGGCAGUAAGAUCAAAAACAUUAUAAUUCCAGAUUAGGUGUGAUGGGUAAAUAUAUCAUACAAAAGUAAACAAAGUAUGUAAAUAUGAAGCAACAAUUCCAAUAUCUAUAUAUUCAAGCAAUUUGAUUUGUUUAUCCGAGAUACUCACAAUAUGGCGAAUUGCUUGUUUAUCUUUUUCAUAUUCAUGCGCAUGUUUCAGCUUAGCCUCAGUGCCAAAACUAAUUGUAGUAAUAUUUCAAGACUGAUGAUUAAUUUUAAUUUCUAAAUGAAACAUAUUAGUGUGGGCACUAGUUUUUAACCCCCCGCCAUGGCGGAGGGAUUAUAGGAAUGGUCUGCGUCCGUCUGUCCUUCCAUCUGUCCGUCCUUCCGUCCGUAACACUUUCGUGUCCGCUCCAUAUCUCCUAAACCCCUUGAAGGAUUUUCAUCAAACUUGGGUCAAAUGAUCACCUCAUCAAGACGAUGUGCAGAACCCAUGAGUCAGCCUUGUCGGUUCAAGGUCAAGGUCACAACUCAAGGUCAAAGGUUUGAGCCUGCCAUUUUGUGUCCGCUCUAUAUCUCCUAAACCCCUUGAAGGAAUUUUAUAAAACUUGGGUCAAAUGAUCACCUCAUCAAGACGAUGUGCAGAACCCAUGAGUCAGCCAUGCCAGCUCCAGGUCAAGGUCACAACUCAGGGUCAAAGGUUUGAGCCUUCCAUUUUGUGUCCGCUCUAUAUCUCUUAAACCCCUUGAAGGAUUUUUAUAAAAUUUGGGUCAAAUGAUCACCUCAUCAAGACGAUGUGCAGAACCCAUGAGUCAGUCAUGCCGGCUCAAGGUCAAGGUCACAACUGAAGGUCAAAGGUUUGAGCCUUCCAUUUUGUGUCCGCUCUAUAUCUGCUAAACCCCUUGAAGGAUUUUCAUCAAAUUUGGGUCAAACGAUCACCUCAUCAAGGCGAUGUGCAGAACUUAUGAGUCAGCCAUGCCAGCUCAAGGUCAAGGUCACAACUAAGGGUCAAAGGUUUGAGCCUUCCAUUUGAUGUCCACUCUAUAUCUCCUAAACCCCUUGAAGGAUUUUCAUCGAACUUGGGUCGAAUGAUCACCUCAUCAAGAACUCAUGAGUCAGCCAUGUCAACUCAAGGUCAAGGUCACAACUGAAGGUCAAAGGUUUCAGCUCUGUAUCUCCUAAACCCCUUGAAGGAUUUUCAUGAAACUUGGGUCAAAUGAUCACCUUAUCAAGACGUUGUGCAGAAUUCAUGAGUCAGCCAUGUCAGUUCAAGGUCAAGGACACAGCUAAAAUCAAAGGUUUACCAUUUCACUGUCAUCCAUAGCAGUGGUGGGGGAUUUAGCUGUCUUUCAGACUGCCUUGUAUUAGAUCAUUUCCUAUGCAUUGAGCAUGGUUACAAUUAAAAAUAUAUCAGAAAUUUGUUUUUAAAAAAAUUGUUUCAAUUCAAAAUUUAUCAAAAAUUUGUUUUAAAAAAUUAACAGACAGAGAAAAAUCAGAAAAAAAGAAAAAUCAGUGAAACAAGUUUACUUGGAAUUUUAAGGAUUGAGUAAUUUAGAUUACUUUUUUUAGGUGUCCAUGCAUGUAUAAACCCUGUGUUUAAUGCACACAUUUGAUAUAAAGCCCCUUCAGGGCUUACUUAGAUGUGCAUGUUAUUCAGCAGGGUUUGCAUAAACAUACAUGAACACCAGAUAAAUUUAUCAUAUAAUGUGAUUGAUUUGUGUUUGUUUGUGAGUUCUAUGAGACUAUGUUAUGAGAGCGGUUUAUUGAAAAUAAAUUUUAAAGUUGACUGUGUGUGCCCAUCAGUUUACUGUUUUACAAACUAGUUGGAAUUGCUUUGAAGUAGUCAUGCAAAUGAAGAUAGAAGUUAAUUCUGGAGAAAUUAGUGUAUUAGAUAUCUGCUAGCAUAUACUUGCCAAUGUCUGUCUUAUCUUAUUGAACAAGUAUAAGAACAUUAUUUUUCAAAGGCAUGUAGUUACUGGAGCAAUGGUUAUUUGUUGAUUUUUUUACAAGCUCUGUUUUGAUCAUAAUGUCAUUUUUAAGGCAACGGCAGUGUCUAAUGGAAAUAUUUAUGUUUGUUUGCAACAUUGAUAGUCAUAAUAUCAUGAAAUGUAUAUUAUUUUUUUGCCAUCUCUGUUUUUAUGAAGAUAUCAGAAAUAAAUAUGAAACAGUU